AUGAACAUCCCACGCCAUUUCUGCGACAUACUCAAGUUCCUCUUGGCGAAGAGCGAUGUCACGUUCGCCUUGAUUGGCAUUGACCGGCUGGAGAAACAAAUUCUCGAAAGGGACGACCAAAGGCGCGCCAGUGACGCGAACCGGCUGACCCCAAUAUAUCAGAACGUCACAUCUGGCCAUAUCUGGCCCAUAAAUGUGGUAGAAUGGGAGGUUUUUAAUGAAACGAUCCGCGAUGUCUCGGCAGGCGAGGGCAUCCUCGAGGCUGUCAUGGCCCGGGCCUUGUUGGGUGUUGCGUUCCAGGUCCGCGUUCACCUUAACGAGGUAUAG